AUGUCACCGACGAAAGAAAAGAUCUUCCUCGAUGAUGAUCGAGUUAUAGCAUCUUACCCCGUCACAUACGUGCGCAGUCUCGAGGCAAAAGUCAAGUCUCUCGAAAAGGAAUUCAAUUCACUAAGAUCCGCGACAGGAAGAGAACUAGACUCUCGAGCGGAACUCAUAAAUCCGGAUACAAGUGAUAUUAAUAUUGCCCUCGGUCGUCAAGAGACGGAGGCAAACAGCACGAACUUGCUUUAUGAGCCCUCGCCUACCCAGCUGCCUCUCUUGCAGUCCUCCCCUUCCUUCGUCGAAGAGCUCAAAAUCCUCUCCUUCGAGGCAACGGCUGAUCGUCAUUUGGGAUCUUCCUCCGGCCUCUCCUUCGCCAAGCUGACACAAACCGUUCUUCGGCGUCUGAAUCCCGACAAGGCCGACUUUAGCUUCGCUCAUUUUGAACCCGAGGGUGGCAUAUGGCCGCAGUUGAACCUUCCCUCCUCGACUUCGGACCUCUUGGAUUCAACGUUGUUCAGUGGAUUCAGAGACCCUUUCAUGUGCUACCCUUCGAUGCUUGACGGGUUCUCCCCGACCGCGCCAACCGAGCCCAUCUCCCUUCCAGAGCAACAGGUCUCUCUUGAAGGCAGUCAUGUUGACCAGCUCAUACGUUUCUACUUUGCUCACUCGCAUACGUUAUACCCGAUCGUUCACCGCCAGGAGUUCAAUAAUAUACUGGAGCAUGUUCGAGCGGAUCCUCAGUUCACCCUUUCAGAUGAGCACGAAUCAAUGAUGUACUACAAGAAAGCACUCGAGCACUUUGAGGGGGCUCUCGAUUAUGGAUACAUGGCCGCGUUGGAAGUUUUACUUCUGCAAGUAUCUUAUUCUUUCUUCAACCAGCUUGGACCCAAUACAUGGACAUUGGUUGGUCUCGGUGCACGUAUGGCAAUUGGAUUAGGCAUGCAUGCUUCCUCAACCUACGAAGGCCUACCAGCCGACGUGUCUGAAAAGCGGAAGAGGCUCUUCUUUUCCGUUUACAUGAUGGAUCGCGUAGUAUCUAUAGCUCUAGGUCGCCCAUUCGCCAUCAAUGAAGAUGACAUCGAUGUGACGCCCUUCGCGGUGGAAGAUGAUAGUGACGUCGGGGCACAAAUUGAUCUGCCCGAGAACUCAUUUAAGCCUUCUAUACUGACCGUUCCUCUCCACAUCCUCGAGCUACGGCAGAUUGCCAGCAACAUCACGACUUCAGUCUAUUCGCACCGAAUGUCAGCCAGCCUCAAUGCCGAACAGCGCGAAGAGGUAUCAAACUCGCUCCACCAAAGACUUCUUAACUGGCGUCGCAAUAUGCCAUUUCCUCUUCCAAACACCGACGCCGCAGUGCCGCACCUCAACAGCAGCUGGUAUGACUUCAACUAUUAUCUCCACGUCGCCAUGUUGUAUCGACCAUCUCCGCUAUUCCCGACUCUGCCAGAACCCCGUGUCAAAGUGUUAGCGGAAGCUGCAUCCAUGUCGAUUCGUCAAGUAUCUAAUAUGCACCGCCAAAGGUGUCUUGCAUACAAUUGGCUCAACCUUCUCUCGAUAUUUACCGCAACUUUGUCCCUAAUAUACGCUACAACUGCCCAACCUGAUAAUCUCAUCUCUGUUUUGAGAGACAAGGGAGCAGUGGCGGACCUUGACUUGACUAUCGAGCUAUUUGACAAGCUUAGCGUCAAGUUCCCUGUGGCUGGCAAGAUAUGUCGAAUGGUUGAACAGAUAUCUACUAGGUACAAAGAAAUGAUGGAAGUCAACGAGGCCGACCGCAGAAAGGGCCAGCUCAUGAUGUCAACUUUGCUCAAUUUAACGAGAUCGUUCCAGUCUCUGGGGCAUAAAGGGGUUAUUGAAGAGGCUUUCUCACUCGUGCCUGUCCUCGCAACGACUCUGGCGUUACUGGCCUGCUAUGUCGCCUAUAAUGUUGCCUUCGGCACUGACAUCCCUCACAUCAAGGGACUUCCUCAAAUGCCUGGCGCUGUUCCAAUUUUUGGACAUCUUCUAAGGCUCGGCGAAGACCACGCGAGCACUUGCGAGAAUUGGUGGCGGAAAGGGAACCCAUCCACCUUCCAAAUCAAGCUGGGAAACACGAGAGCCGUAGUGUUCAAUUCAUAUGAAGACAUCCGUCGUCUGCUCAUUGGCUAUCAGAAUGCAGUCAUUGACCGGCCGAAAUUGUACACCUUCCACGGUCUCAUCAGCAGCACGGCGCUUGGAAGACCCGCCCUUCGGAGUUACUAUCCGAUGUUCGACCUCGAGAGCUAUUGCAUCCUCCGAGAUCUGCAUAAGGACAGUCGCAACGGUGAGGUGGAGAUUAGCGUGCGACCGUAUAUCCAACGGUAUGCGUUGAACACCACCUUGACGCUCUGCUACGGUAUUCGAAUGGACGCUGUCUACGAUGACCUGCUACGCGAGAUUCUGCACGUUGGUUCGGCAAUCUCGCUCUUGCGUAGUGCUUCAGAGAACACCCAAGACUACGUCCCCAUCAUGCGUUACUUCCCAAACAAUGAGAAGAGCCGUCGUUCUAAAGAUCUCAGGGAACGCCGAGACGCGUAUUUGAAUCUGCUUUUGGAUAAAGUGCGGGAGCAGAUCAAGCGGGGCACCGAUAAGCCCUGCAUUUCAGCAGCAAUUUUGAAGAACGAAGAAACUAAGCUUAGCGGGGUUGAAGUCUCGUCCAUCUGCCUGUCGCUUGUGUCCGGAGGAUUCGAGACGAUACCGGGGACUCUCACCUCGACUAUCGGAUCCCUUGCCACAAAGGAGGGACAGGCCUGGCAGGACCGGGCUUACGAAGACAUCAAGCGUUACUACCCAGACGUGCGCGAAGCAUGGGCUUCCUGCUACGCAGAAGAGAAAAUUCCCUACAUCAACGCCAUUAUUAGGGAAGCUGGGAGGUACUACACAGUCAGUUCUAUGAGUCUUCCCCGAAAGACCGUCACCGAAGUGAAUUGGAACGGAGCCAUCAUACCCCCUAAGACAAUGAUCUUGGUCAACGCACAAGCCGGAAAUCAUGAUGUUAGACAUUUUGGUGAUGAUGCCGGUCAUUUCGAUCCCGAGCGGUGGCUUGAAAGUCUUAAUCCCCCAACAGAAAAGGAGAUCUCAGGCGUCGGUCACCUCAGCUUUGGAUUGGGUUCCCGCGGCUGCUCCGGGCAGUACAUCGCCCAGCGUCUACUAUAUGCGGCCUUGGUGCGGCUGCUAUCUUCGUACAAAAUUGUUGCAAGCGAAGAAGAACCUCCGAAUACUGACUAUGUCGAGUAUAACCAAUUCAAGACGGCUUUGGUGGCGAUCCCGAAGGACUUCAAGGUAAAGCUCAUCCCCAGAGACACCCCUUCAAAAGACUACCGGGGCUUUGGCCUAACACCUUGGAUCCUUCAGGUCUUCCUCUGA